AUGGACCCAAUAAAGUACGUGUUUGAAAAGCCCGUAGUAACUGGACGAGUAGCACGAUGGCAGAUGUUGUUGACGGAAUAUGAUAUUUCUUAUGUCACCAGGAAAGCUAUCAAAGGUAGUGUCAUUGCCGAAUACCUAGCUGAAAGAGCCGUGGAGGAUUACCAACCUAUGGAGUUCGAAUUCCCAGACCAGAAUAUAAACUCCCUAACCCAAGAGGAAGAAGACUUCGAAGAAUGGAGGAUGUUGUUCGAUGGGGCAGUCAAUGUUUGGGGACGUGGGAUAGGCGCAGUGCUCAUGUCACCAGAUGGGAAACAUUAUCCGGUGGUAGCUAAGCUCAUCUUUUCUUGUACUAACAACAUAGCCGAAUACGAGGCAUGUAUAUUGGGUUUGCAGACCGCUUUAGAUCGGGGUGUCAAGCGACUAAUAGUAAGAGGAGACUCGGCCUUAGUCAUUCACCAGCUAACCGGAGAAUGGGAAACUCGCGAUUCCAAGUUAGUACCGUAUCGAGAGUACAUUCAAAGGAUAAUAGAAGAGUUUGACAGUAUCAGUUUCUCUCACACACCAAGAGAAAACAAUGUAAUGUCUGAUGCACUAGCCACACUGGCAGCUUUAUUCAAGGUAGAAGAAUGGGUGAAGAUCGAAGCUAUUCAUAUCAGAGUACAACCCGAACCUGCCUACUGCACGGUGAUAGAGGAGGUUGACGGAAAACCGUGGUUUUAUGAUAUCAAAACCUACAUCCAGAAAAAUGAGUAUCCUGAAGGGGCAUCCAAUAAUGAUCGGAGGACUAUUAGAAGGUUGGCCAUGGGUUUCUUCUUAGAUGGUGAAGUUUUGUACAAAAGAAAUCAUGACAUGACCCUCCUACGGUGUGUAGAGGCACAGGAAGCCCAACAAGUCACGCGUGAGGUUCACGAGGGAGUCUGCGGGUACCCACGCUGGAGGCCACUCAUUGGCACGAAAAAUACUUAG